AUCUGCAAGCAGGCUAUAUUCUACAAAUUGACAUGUCGACAAAUUGCUACAUUCUACAUGUUAUCAAGGCAACACUACUCGAAAUUAUUGUAAGGCCCAUUUAUGUCCAUCAACGAAUCACGAGUCCAUCAGUGGGCCUUAUGUGCCCUUGCGGGAGUAACCGGUUUUGUGUGCGGAGCCUUUGUUCAACAGGAGGCGUCCAUAAGGCAGCUGUUCCGGCAGAUUCGAAGGGAUCCCUAUGUCUACCACCACCGGCACAAGUUGUAUCCCAUGCUAUCCACCUUUCGGACUGACCAUGAGACCCGUUUGUGGCAUCGUUCCACUUCACUGGCCGACAAAUUCAGGGAGCUGGUUGUGUCGCCGAUCUUCGAUUUUGUUAGUGCUGCUCUGAUGCUGAAUACCGAUGCGGCAACUACCACAGAUCUGCUGGACCUAAUCAAGUACGGACUGCCCAGCACGGAGAACCUGUACGUCCACAAGGACUACGUUGUUUCGCAGGACAUGUGCACAAACGCUCCACGAUGGAUUUGCGAGCACUUCCGUGGCGAUUAUCAGAAGAUAAAGUCGGAUGACUUGAACCUUCGCUACAAUGACGUAUAUGUCUUGAGCUGCGGAUCGAUGAGCAUCUGCAAGGCAUUCAAGCGGAAAAUCUGGAACGAUCUGGAGAAGUACGUGUCCAGCAAGGCCGUAGAAUUUGGCUCUGUGUACGCCUACACUGGGCCGAUUUACACGCCCUCCUGUCACGAGGGUGGCAAAUGGACCAUGAAGUAUGAGGUAUUUGAUUGGAUACCGAUGCCGGUUCCAUCCCACUACUUUAAGGUGCUGAUCGUGGAGAGUCGAGUCCCGGGAUCACAUCCCUUCAUGGAAUCCUAUAUCAUCGAAAACAGCCGAAUGGUUGGCGGCAAGUUGACUGACCAUCGCGUCAAAGUCGCCGAAAUAGAGCGUUUUACGGGGCUGCGAUUCAACAAGGUCCUGCAGCCCGUAGUCCAGUUCGAGAAGGACUCCUUCAAGGUGAACACCAGGGCGUGGGCCGGCAGGUUCGAGGAAAUCUCUGAGCCUUUGGUGACCUUUCCUCCGGAUAAGCAAUUAAAUCUAAUAUAAAACCCUGACUGUAAGCUGUAAUACUAUUAAAAUGAACGAACUCUAAA